AUGGUCAAGGGCCGCUUCACCGUCAAUCCGUUCGCCGAGCUCGUGCUCUCGCCGUCCGACGUCAGCCACCUGCACGAGCUCUCGAGCCUCAUCCUCGACUCGAACCUCUCGCGCUACGAGGACUUUAUCACGGCAGACCAGAGCCGCGUCGACCCGAGUCAGUGGAAACUCGUGAAAAGCCGCGACCAGACGCGCGUGUACCAGGAAAAAGCGUCGGCGUCGAAGCGUCCGGCGCUGCUGCCAAAGCGCUCGGGCGCGUCGUCGGAGCUGCCGUCGCUGCUGUGCGUGGGCACGACCGUGGGCGAGAUGGAGGACAUGAUGUUCGGCGUCGUGAACCCGACGCUCGAGGUCAUGCGCCUCAAGGCGUCGUACGUCGAGGACGUGAGCGGGGCGGCCGUGCUGGCCAACCUCGUGGAGCCCACUGCCGCGCAGCCGUUCCACUCGCUCGUGGUCAAGUGGAUGGAGAUGGACAUUCCGCUGCAGGCCACGGGCCUCGUGCGCAAUCGCGACUACGUUUACGUCGAGGCCACGAACGUCGUGCACCUGUCCAGUGGGGAGACCGUGGGGUACCACAUUAUGCACUCGGUGGACUUUGCCGAGACGCACGACCUCCCGGGCCGCGUGCGCGCGCACCUGUCGGUCUGCGCGUUCUUCCGCCAAGUGCGGCCCCACGUGAGCGAGAUCUUUGUCACGGGGCUCAUGGACCCGGGCGGCGACAUGAUCCGCCUGCUCGUGGUCCCCACGAUGGCCACGACGUUCCUCGCGACGCUCAAGUACGCGCACUGCGGGCAGAUGAAAAAGCUCCAGGCGAUCCUCGAGAAGCGCUACGCCGAGGCGAAGGAGCUCGGGACGCCGAAUCGAGAGCUCGUGUGCGUGACGUGCAACGCGGCCAUUACGAACCGCCGGCUCGGGGACUUUGGCAAGUCGGACGCCACGUGCAAACUCUGCUUUGGCUACGUGUGCCACAGCUGCAAGAUCCAGCGCAAGCUGAGCUUCGUGACGCCCGACCUGCUGCUGGCGCAGCGGAAAGUCACGUUCUGUGCCGUGUGUCUGAACGACGCGAUCCGCGCACCGGCAGCGGAUGCUGCGCGGGCUCAGAUUGGUAUCACUACGGGCGGACUAGCGGCCAAGCAGUUGUACACUCACGGCUCGGAAGCGAGCACCGUGUCGGGCUACGCGAGUAGCUGCGGGUAG